AUGGAAAAUAUAUAUGGUACGCCACAAGGUCCGGGGGGAAUGGUUAAUCCAUUUGCUUAUUUUACUCCAGGAUUUCAAGUGAACUUUGCAUACAAUCCAACAGAUGCAUCGACAUCUCUUCUUGUCAGCCAAAAAAAUAGAGUCGGUUUAUCAUACAAGCAACCAACACAUGUUUACCAUGCACAAACAAAUCUUGCGCAAAAAAAGGCUAAGACGAAAGACAACGACUUCAUGAUCUCUCAAACUCUUGAAAAUGACAAAUUCAAUAAGACUGAAGAUGUUGCAUUGACGAAGGCUUGGCUUUAUAUUUCAGUUGAUGCAGAUGUUGGCAAUAACCAAAAAACUACUGUAUUAUGGAAACAAAAUACGGGAGCUGAGUGUAAAGAUAACCGAACGCCGAUUAGCUUGCAGAAACGCUGGAAAAAGAUAAACCAAGCUGUUACCAAGUUCAAUUCAUUCUACGAGAAGUUGGAUAGACUUCCAAAAAGUGGCACUAACUUGGAUGAUAUGAAAUGAGAAGCAAUUCGUAUGUAUAAAGAGUGCACCGGCAAAAAGGAAUUUCAGUUUGAACAUUGUUGGGAGACAUUGAGAACAAAUCCCAAGUGGUGCAUGAAAAAUAUGACAAAAAAGAAAAUGGAAUUCAAUGAAGGAGUUGAUCCCACAGAUAAGGGCACAUCAUCAGUAUAUAUUAUCCCAGAUGAUAGUCACGAUGUGGACUGUAUUGGUGAGAUUCAGAAGACUAAUGGCAUUGUGCGUCCUCAAGGAAGAAAAGCAUAUAAGAAGAUUAAAAGGAAAACCAAUGAGGAUGCAGGUGUGAUAGAUGCUAUAAAAAGUUUGCGGUCUACUUUUGAGAAAGAA